AUGGCCACCCAGAACAAGCGUAUUGCGAAGGAGUUCAGCGACUGCACCUCCUCCCCGCCGGCAGGCAUCAAAGUGACGCUAGCCGACGACUCGGACCUCCACAAAUGGCACGUCGUCCUCGAAGGACCCGACAACUCCCCCUACACAGGCGGCAAGUUCGGGGUCGUCAUUAAGUUGCCCCUCGACUACCCGUUCCGCCCACCUGUCGUCACCUUCGCGACGCGCAUCUACCACCCCAACAUCACCAACGACGACCAGGGCAACAUCUGCCUGGACCUGCUCAAGAACGAGAACUGGAAGCCUUCGACUAAGAUCCACGGCAUCCUCGAGGCCGUCCGCAACUUGCUGGCCGAGCCGCUCCCCGACGACCCGCUCGAGGCGCGCAUCGCGGACGAGUACCGCAGCGACAGGAAGGAGUUUGACAAGAACGCGAAGGCGUACGUGCAGCGGUACGCCAAGGGCCCCCUCAAGUUCACAACGCCCGGGUCAUCAUCCGAGGGGACAUCGGAGAAGAAGGGCGGCGCAGCAGCGGUAGGGGCGCCGGGGCCGGGGCCUUCGUCUUCUUCCUCUGGCGGUGGGGCGUAG